GCUAUUAGUCAGUCUCUUCUUAGUGUCCUCCUCUUAAGAACACAGAUGACGGACUUCAUAAGGCAAACAUAGGCUGCAGUGGGUCUUCCUUAUAUUUGUAUUGUCUCGCACACAGGAGAGGGGCUUCCUUGGACUAUUGUCACAUUUUUGCUUGUGACCCUCCCAGUCUGGUUUAACUUGUUCUGUAAAGUUCUUUUUUUGAUCUGCACCAGCAGAAGUCUUGUCACGCUGUGACUGGCGAUGAUACUGGGCUGAGUCAGAAAAGAUGCCUCGGCGCAGUUGCUGCUCAUCAUGCUCUGUUUGCUUAAGGUGCUUUUAUAGCUGCUCCUGUGAAAGAGUCAAGAGGGAGAUUCAAAGCACAUGUGGCUGUGUCUGGGUGCUCCUGAUUCUCUGUGGAUUCCUCUUUACCUUGAUAUGGCUGUAUGUCACCUUGAUCCUGAAAAAUGAUAUACACAACUUCAAUGAGGAAAUCUUCCGACUCGCAGGUUUAUGGCAAGACUGGUCUAUCGUCCUAAUUAUGGUGGCUGCCGUGUUGGUCUCUUACUGCUUUGUGCUCCUCUUAAUCUCGAUGUGUCUGGUAGUGAGCUCUCAACCUCUUAAUCUGCACUGGCUUCAUAAGAUCCUCCUCUGCUUCUGUGCUGUUUUGGUGUCCCUUGGAAUUAUUGGCCUUAAUGUGAAGUGGAAAAUAGAGUGGAAAGUAGUUGGCAUCUCUUUGCAGGCAACAAGUCCCUUUCUGCACAUAGGAGCUGUGAUCGGUGUGUCUGUACUGGCCUGGGUGCUUGCUCGUUAUUUUUGGGAAACAAAGAGUAAAGUGUUGAAAUGUCUACUUCCAUUGGUAUACAUCAUCCUCGUUUGUGCUCUGUUUGUGAGUCCUCUCUUCAUUUCCUCACCCUGUAUCAUGAAGGCAUCAGAACUUCCUCCCAAACCAAGGAUCAUGGGUCAUCGUGGGGCACCAAUGCUUGCUCCAGAAAAUACAAUGAUGUCAUUUGACAGGAUGGUGAAUUCUGGAGGAAAGGUGUUUGAAACUGAUGUCAUGGUGAGUUGGGAUGGCAUCCCCUUCCUAAUGCAUGAUGAAACUCUGCUGAGGACAACCAACGUGAGAGAAGUUUUUCCAUUCCGUUCAAGUCAAAACAGCUCAAAUUUUACCUUUUCUGAACUCCAGAAGCUGAAUGCUGGUGAAUGGUUUCUGCAGAAAAACCCUUUUGGAACAGAUGGAUCAGUGACACCAGCUGAACGUGAAGAGGUUAAGCUGCAGAAAAUUCCUUCUCUUGAGGAUGUUUUGAUUGCAUGCAAGGACCUCAACAUCUCUAUAAUAUUUGACUUGCGUGAGCCACCUUCAGGACACCCAUAUAAAGAGAGCUUUGUGAAUGUAACUCUUAAUACAAUUCUGAACGUUUCUAUACGCCAGGAUCUGAUACUCUGGCUCCCAGAUGAUGAGCGGGAGCAGGUUAUAAAGACAGCUCCAGGUUUCAAACAGAUUUAUGGUAGAAAGAGGGAAAAAAAUGACACCGACACCUUUGAUGCUGUGAAUCUAUCUUAUACAAAUAUAAGUGUGAGCGAAAUCAGGUCGUAUCGUCAGGAUAAUAUUUCAGUGAAUCUAUUUGUGGUUAACAAACCGUGGUUGUUCUCCCAUGUAUGGUGUGCUGGAGCCACGUCUGUCACCUCUAACACAUUCCAUCUUCUUAAGGAUCUCAAGCAACCAAUAUGGCUGCUGGACCCUGAUAAUUAUUUAAUCAUCUGGAUAAUAGCGGAUGUUGUAGCUCUUAUUCACAUAAUAUGGGCUUUUUUUAUGCAGAGAGCGUGUUUUAGAAAAAGAGAAGAAGAAGAAUCUGAAGCUGUAUUACUGAUGAAGAUUGAAAAUUUGGUUGCUUAAUGACAAUGGAUGCCUCUUUCAUAUCCGCUACAAUUCACUGUGACUUCCACAUCAUCUCAGGCUGAUGGCUGGAGCAUGAGGAGGCUAAUCUGAACUGAUUCCAGAUAUCUGCGCUGUCCAAUCUGUAGACAACCCCUAACUCCUGAGUCAUAGGAGGUGCUGCUCCAUACAGAACUGCUUCCUGACAUGUUGGCCUGUUUGGGCCGUUGGAUCUUUGUUCAUUUGAAUGUGAAAUCUGGCAGUGUACUGUAUGGCAUUUGUCUUCCUUAUGUCUUUCUGAUAUUGUGCUGUGCACAUAACCCUUUGGUGAUGAAGUCUGUGGCAUAGCACAGAAUAUGCUGGGAAAAAGAAGCAAAGGAAAGGGGCUUUUACUCUGGGUUUCUUGGGCCAAACGCGUGUUGCUGGUAAAAGUAAGCAUGGCUUUGAGUUGCACUGACUAUGACUUAUUUAGAAGCUUUUUCCACCAUUUUUAGAAGUAGAAAAGUGGCAGAAAACAAUAGCAGCUUUCUCUGGACACCAUGUUCAGGCUACGGUUUGCACUUGCUGCAUGGCGAGGAGAUACGGGCACACCACUCGCACAGUGCGCCUGUAUAAUAAAUGCCCUUGUGUGCUAGGCUUGUAUAGACGUAAGUAUUACACCUGUAAAUAGACCAACGCACCACAGUCGUGUUGUACACACAAUGUGCACUAGCCCCAGAUUCUGAGAGUCUUGCAUCCUAAAUUGCUUCACAACAAACUUCUAAAAAACAAACAAACCUGUCCUAUCCCGUGGUUAUGAGAGAAGCUUCAGCACGGACAGUUCAGCACAGCUUUGUGUAGUUUGUAAUAUAUUGUCCAUAGCCAAAGCCAGGAAUGGCUCCUGAAAGGAGAACACAUCUAAGAGUCUAUUCACACGUGCUAAAAUAUCUCUGAUGUAAUUUUUACAAACCCUAUUCAGAUGUAUGGGACAGUCCCAAAUACCUUUUGCAACAAAUCUGCCAUGAGAGUUCCCCCCAAGGAGAUAUUUUACUCUUUUGUAUUCUUUUAUGUUUAAAGAGACCUCAAUCACUGCGCUGUGCAGAUCUCAGACUGUUACAGAAUAUCUGGCGGCUGCUGGUGUAGAAAUGUCAUGUUGUUUUUUUCUGGAUCAAUCUGUUCUUUAUUAAUAAACUGUUGGUGGACUUUUGAA